UACAUACAAACGGUCGAUGAUAUAUUCGUAUGCAGAGUUUCCUUCAGUUUCGUCUUUUGUACGCCUGUAGAGGAAUUCGCGUCCAGUAAAAAAUAUUACGAAACAAUUACGGUAAUAAUAGUUUGUCUCACUUCGAUGAGUGGUUCUAAGUUUUCUUUUUUCAAAUUUGUAAUGAAAGAAAGGUCAACCGUUUUGUUAGGUUUUAGUUUACUUCAACAUUCCUCUGUACUUAUACUUUUAUACAUUUUUCUUAACGUUCUAUUUGCAUUUAUACGUGGAAUAACGUUUGAUACAGGUUUGCCAAUUUGAAACGAGUUUUUAAAGUUAUCGGGAAAUUUUUACUGUCCGCAGCGCCACGCGGUGGCAGCUGUAGAAAAGAAAAAUGGCUACGAAAACUCAGUGAAGUUUCGAGACUUAUAUGUAUGUAACCACGGCUGUAAGAAGCGUCAACAAUCGUUUUGCUAACCGGCUGUUAAACAAUGACCAGCAACACAAAAAGAACAAUUUAUAUAGGUGGUUUAGCGGAGGAGGUUGAUGAGAAGGUACUUCAUGCUGCAUUCAUCCCUUUUGGAGAGAUCGUCGACGUGCAAAUUCCCUUGGAUUAUGAAUCGGAGAAACACAGAGGUUUCGCGUUCAUUGAAUUCGAAGCAGCCGAAGAUGCUGCUACAGCGAUUGAUAACAUGAACGAUUCUGAACUGUUCGGGAGAACGAUAAGGGUGAAUAUCGCGAAGCCACAGAAAAUAAAAGAGGGGUCGUCGAAACCAGUAUGGGCUGACGACGUCUGGCUGCAGGAGCACGCAGGUGAAACCCUGAAGGCAAAAUCAGGGGACGGUGGUAAGCCAGAGGAAUUGGACCAACAGAAAAAAGGGAAGCAGAACCCACAGGUGUACUUUGACAUCAGCAUCGGUAACCAGGAAAUCGGCAGGAUCAUCAUGAUGCUCAGAGCUGACAUCGUUCCAAAGACGGCUGAGAAUUUCCGAUGUUUGUGCACGCACGAGAAGGGCUAUGGCUACCAGGGCAGCAUCUUUCACAGAAUAAUUCCGGAAUUUAUGUGCCAAGGAGGAGACUUCACGAACCACAACGGCACCGGUGGAAAGUCAAUUUAUGGCAAUAAGUUUGAAGACGAAAACUUUGACUUGAGGCACACAGGGCCCGGGACUCUAUCGAUGGCCAAUUCGGGACAGAACACAAAUGGGUCACAGUUCUUUAUGUGUACGGCACGCACAGAGUGGUUGGAUGGAAAGCAUGUUGUCUUUGGACACGUCCUCAGUGGUUUGGAUGUGCUGAAAAAAAUGGAAAAGUGCGGCAGUAAAUCUGGCACUCCUUCGCAGAAGGUCACUAUAACGGCUUGUGGGGAAUUGACAUGAGGCAUGGAACCUAACCUCGUUGCUGGAGGCAAAUAAAUCAAAGGGAUCUAUUUUCCACCCAUUUAA